CCCACCUUCCUAGUUUAACAGGUGUAUAAGGAAAGCGAAUUGCUGAUGAUAUUAGUAACCUCGUUUUCAACGCCCAAGACAAAAAAUCCAACCUUAACAUGGAAUCCACGUUUGCCCCAAGUAAAAUCACAAGACAUCCUUUAUAUUAUUUAUUGCAUGCCCAGUAGCCAGCAGUCCCUCCUGAAGAAAAUGUCUUCUUCUCGUGAGAUUGUCCUCACUAGCUCUCCUGAUGGCCCCAUUACUGCUUAUGACAUCUUCUCAGGCACCACCCUAGCUCGCUUCUCUGGCAGCAGGUCACCACGCCAUGGCCUUGUCCUUGCAGGGAAGGCUUAUAUUGCCGCCUCUCAUAUCUCCUCAGCCACUGCCUCAGGCUCAAUUCACCUGUACAAGUGGUGGUCCUCGACAGCUUUUCACCAUCUGCCUGUCCCUGAACCUGUGGCUCCACUUGCUGCCACUCCUGAUGGGUCAUUUUUAUUUGCUGGUGGCGUUUCUGGGAAUGUCUAUGCUCUUUCCAUCCCUUCAGGUAACAUUCUGAAAUCAUUUCCUGCCCACACUAAACCUGUAUCCUGCCUCACAAUCAGCAAUGACGGGUCACUCCUAAUUUCUGGUGGUGAUGAUGGUACCAUACUUCUUGUACCAAUCUUUCAACUUGUUGAGCAAACAACGGAUGGGAAUUGUAAAGACUUGAUGUUGCAUAGCUUUGGUGCACAUGAUGGUCCAGUUACGGCUAUUACUUGUAUUGGGUUCUGCCACUAUACUGUAAUUUCAUGCUCAACAGAUUGCACAUGCAAGUUGUGGAGCCUUUUGGAUGGAACAAACCUGCGCAGAAUUACAUUUCCAUGUGCAAUUUCAAGGAUUGCUUUGGAUCCAACAGGGACAGAAUUCUAUGCUGCAGGGGCAGAUGGUUUGAUUUAUAAGGGAUUUUUGAAAGUCGGAAGCAGAAAACAAGUGAGCCCCACGCUUGAAUUGGCGAUCUUGGCUGACAAACAUGGUGCAGCAAUCAUAUCUGCGGUGAUGAUGAAUGCGGGGAAGAAUCUGGUAUCUGCUGCAGAAGAUGGGAGGGUGUAUUUGUGGGAAGUUGAAAGAGGGCACGUGAUUAUGGUUCUUGGCAAUAACAUGGAAAGCAUAAGCGAUCUAGUUGUCGCCAGUGGGAUUGGUGAUGCUAGAAGACAAGGUGUUAGAGUUGGCGAAAACAUGAAUAAAUCUGUUGGUGGAGGUAUUGUGCUAUCUGGAAAAGAGUUUACCAGAUCAGUAAAGGAUACAGUAGAGAUAGAGGAUGUCUUAUCUGUGGCAGCAAAAGAUAGGAGGAAAGCCAUUGAUAUGCUGGAGUCUGCGAUUGGAGUGUACGAGAGACUAUUGGAACUCAUUCUUAAGGAAGCCAAGGGAGGCACUAGCAGGAGUAGCCAUGAGGACAACGGUGACAUGUAAACAGAUUAGAAAUUACAAAACCUAAAUGGAGUAAGGAAAUCCAUAGGCCAUAGCACUUGUCAUGUGUGAGCAGCGCUA